AUGGCUGCUUCACACCAGAAGCUCAGUAGCAAACACCUUCCUCAAACUCCCAACUGGAAAGUCCGUAUUACAACUCGCAACCCUUCAUCUUCGGCCGCUCAAGCCUUGGCAGCACAGGGUACCGAAGUUGUACAGGCGGAUCUUUCUAACUCCAGCACGCUAUACAAAGCAUUUCAAGAUGCAAAUGCCAUCUUUUUGAACACCGACUUCUGGGGUAUUUACUUGUCUUUUGUGACUGCAAUGAUAACUAGCAAGGCAGAUUCAACAGGAGAACAACUUGCUGACCCCAGCAAAGUUGCCUACGAAACGGAGCUCACCCACGGCAAAAAUGCUGCUGAUGUAGCAGCCCAAGUACCAACACUGGAACGCUUCGUCUAUUCUGCGCUCCCGGCAACGACAAAAGUGACUUGCGGAAAGUGUCACUCUGAUCAUGCAGAGUCAAAAGACGCCAUUGUCGAGUACAUCGAAAAUGAACUCGUCGAUUUGGCCAAGAAGACAUCAUUGAUCUAUCUGGGCGCGUAUAACUCGAAUGCAUUGCUUAGCCCGAAGCUUGAUCCAUUACAUGGCAAAUACAAGCAGAUACCAAGAUGCCAAAUCAUCGAUCCGAACGAAUCGACAGGGCCAUUUGUGAGAGCUUUAAUUGAAGAUGAAGCUCCAGGUAUCAAGCUGCUGGGGUAUAAUACUAAAAGCUACUUGAGUUAUCAAGAAAUUUGUGAUAUCUGGUCGAGGGCGAGCGGUAAGAAAGCAGGAUUUGCUCGAGGCAGUCCGGCUCUUGCUGAGUUUGGCUACACAGGAUCGAUCAAAGUGAUUGAACCGAGUGACUUGAAAAAUACGGUGCAGACAAAGUCAUGGGAGGUGUGGAUAAUGGGAAGAGGCUCUAAAUUAAUCUUGGAAGUUGUCUAG